CGGACGGUUUGCUGCGUUGCAUCCCGGUACCGAAGGGAUUACUCAACUACCACAGUUUAUUCCGCGAUUUGCCCCCGCGACACCUGGCGACCCCGACAUAACGUGUGUGUAGUCGCACUGACAACGGCUUUGCCCUGGUUUUAUUUCAUAAUCAGGAAAUGGACGUCAGAUUCGCCUGCCUCGUGGUGGCGAUAGCCGUACUCAUGGCUGCCGGUAUUGUUGCCAGAAUUGGAUCCUAUACGAGGAUUGCUCAGUUAACGUUUGCAGCUUUAAUCAUACCCCUGUUAUGCCGGUAUCAUCGGAAAUUCUACGUUAUUCUGAGAACACUACCCCGAGACAUCAAAUUUCUGUAUCGUUACGCCAACGCAGACCGAGAAACGAAGCGUUACGUGAGAAACAACACGACUGUAAUGAAGAUUUUCAAGGAGCGGGCGAAACUCUACCCCAACAAGCCCUGUUUCAUCUUCGAGGGUCGCAUAUGGACAAACGCUGACAUGGACGAGUACAGCAACAGAAUAGCCGACGUAUUCCAGAAGGCUGGCUACAGAAAAGGCGACGCAGUGGCCCUGAUGAUGCCCAACAAACCAGAGUUCGUGGCGACUUGGUUGGGUCUCGGUAAACUUGGUGUUAUCACAGCCCUGAUCAAUACCAAUCUCCGACUCCAACUUCUCACACAUUGUCUGACUAUUGCUAAAGUCAAGGCCGUCAUUUAUGGGAAUGAAGUUGCCUCCGCUAUCGACGAGAUCCGGGACUCUAUCCAAGACCUAGAAUGGUUCAAGCAGGGGGCAGGAGAGGCUGACGUCCAAGAGGAGAUAAAAAAUCUGGAUAAACUCUUGUCCGAGGCGAGUAGGGAGUAUCCAGUGGUGGAGCAGGAGCCAGGAUACAGAGACAAUCUCCUCUACAUAUACACGAGUGGCACCACUGGCCUGCCAAAGGCAGUUCUCAUGCCAAAUUCUAGAUACCUCCUGGUGACAAUGGCAACCUACCACAUGCUGGGCUUGCGUGCAGAGAGUGACAUAAUGUACAAUCCAAUACCCCUCUAUCACAUGGCAGGUGGAAUGGUCGGUACGGGAUGUGCCCUAGUCAAAGGAAUACCAAGUGUUCUCCGUACGAAAUUCUCAGUAUCAGCAUACUGGACCGAUUGCAUCAAAUACAAUUGCACAUUGGCUGAGUACAUUGGUGAAAUGUGCAGGUAUUUGUUGUCAGCACCACCGAGACCCGAGGACACUCAGCAUUCAGUGAGAUUGAUGGUUGGUAAUGGAAUGCGACCGCAAAUCUGGCAGAAAUUUGUGGAUCGUUUUAAGAUCGAACAGGUCACUGAGGUCUACGGCUCGAGCGAGGGAAAUGCCAAUAUCGUUAAUGUUGAUAAUCAAGUUGGGGCUGUGGGAUUUGUUCCAUCUAUUCUGCCGAAAUCACUUCAUCCAGUUGCUAUUAUUCGUGUCAAUCCUGAGACUUGCGAACCGGUUAGGGGACCCGAUGGGCUUUGCAUACGGGCAGAAAUAAACGAACCUGGCAUGUUCAUUGGGCUGAUCAAGCAGGGCAAUGCGUCGAGGGAGUUCAACGGAUACUUGGAUAAAGAGGCAUCGGCGAAAAAAGUGAUAGAGAACGUGUUCAAGAAGGGAGACAAGGCAUUUCUAUCGGGUGAUAUACUGGUGCAGGAUGAAUUGGGGUAUUUUUACUUUAAAGAUAGAACUGGUGAUACGUUUAGGUGGAAAGGUGAAAAUGUGGCAACUGCCGAGGUGGAGGGGGUCGUGAGUAAUGUUGCCGGGCAUAGAGAUACUACAGUCUACGGAGUUCAGGUGCCAGGAAUGGAAGGACGUGCAGGAAUGGCUGCAAUAGUGGAUCCCGAGUGCCUCCUGGACUUCAAAGCCCUCGCUGAGGGGCUAGAUCGUGCACUUCCAUCCUACGCGCGUCCCAUAUUCCUUAGAAUCGUCAAAGAACUCGAAAUGACGAGUACAUUCAAGCUCAAGAAGAUAAAUCUCCAGAAAGAGGGCUUUGAUCCCAAUAAAAUUCAGGAUAAAGUUUAUUUCCGUUCUGGUAAUAAAGAGUACGUAGAAGUGACGCCUGAAUUGUAUCAAGAGAUCAUUUCGGGCUCUGCAAAGUUAUAAAGUGCCAAUGGAAAAAGGCACUUCAUUAGCGAAAGAGGGGAAUUCUCGGUGGGAGAACAUUGAAAACCAAAAAAAAAACAAAUAAGAAAUGGACAUCAUUCGAGUGGAUGGAUAUUUCGUGAUAUUCCUGUUGUAGUUUCUUUUUCAUUGCGUAUUCUUUAGUCCUCUAGGCUCGCGGUAAGAAGGUGGGGAAUAAUUCGCGAAAUGUGAAUUGAUACUUCAUUUUCGUGCACUUGUGAUUAUUGCAGUCAAUGAAUUGAUGGAAAAUUAAUAUUUUCGGUUCGAUUGUGAGCACAAUUAGGCAAUUUAGAAUAAUUUUUGUUGUUUUUUUAGGAAGAAAAUAUCGUUUGAAAAUUAAAUUCAAUCCUAGUCAAUUUUACAUCGACUCGUUUAGUCGGAUUUUGAGGUUCACGAGGCGAGAAAACUUAUUGAUGAGAGACUGAAGUGUCUUCUUACCGCAUUAUUUCAGAAAAAUCUGGACCAAAACAGCGUGAUUAUAAUUUUUUUCCAUGACAAACUACCAGAUAUCGUGCUGUUUAACGGUUUAGCGUGCUCAUUUUACCUUGAACUAUUUUUUCAAUUCAAUUCCAAUAAACUAUUUAGCAAAAAUAAACAGGUGAAAAUAGUCCUUAGUUAUCGAUUGAUAAAGCACAUUGCUGGUUCUCAUUGUCUUGGUGUUGAGAAAAUUAAUGAAUUCAGAAUGAAGAGAGGAAAAAAUAAAUUUCUAUGUCCACAACCUGCCAGACGGGCCAGAUUUAAAUGUGCCAUUCGUUUCUGAGAAAUGUAUAUAGAAUAUUGUACGUAAUACAAUUAAUUAUUUGUCUACUGAAGAAGAAAAAAAAAUGAGAAAACUGACGUGUAAAAAAAGUCGAUAUUAUCUGUACAGGCAAUCACAGCAACUUGGGCGAUCAUUUGAACACGAGAGGAGAAAAUAUGAAUGACUAAAUCGUGCAUAAUACAAUGUCAAUUUAACAUGACAGAAGGUACUUAGUAGCAAUUGUAUUUCAACUGCUCAAGAGUCUUUAUAUAUAAAUCCUAUACUAUGUAAACACCUCACUAAUUAGAACAGACAAAAAACUUUAGGACAGCUUAAUUUAAAAUCGUAAAACGAAUCAUUCGAAUGGGGCACGAGAUAAAUCAGUGGUGCAGCUACAGAGCACGAGGAAAGGUUGAAUUAUCCAUGAGCGAGUGCUCCUAGGGGAAAAUACCAUGGAACAUUUUUUGUUGGAAAUUUAAUUCUCUACAAAAAAGGUGUUCUGAUGUUUUCUCCUAGAACCACUCGUUCUCGAGAUAAUUCAGCUAUUCUGGUUUACAAAUUUUCUAUUGAUCGAAAUAAUUCGAACAAACGUUCAAAGUUCAAUGAUAAAAUCUCAAAAUUUUUGGCAAGGUGUCGACACCGAAUAAAAUUGAGUGUAUGAGUAUUCCGAUGUCACGUGCCUUGUCAUACGUCAUGAUAUCAACGACAUGCAUGCAUCAGCCAUCGUCCCCAGAUUGUUUGGAUAAAAAUCGAAAUUCAAGAGCAUGACGAAACAGUUUCAGUUUAGAAAAAAAGAGAUGCUUCGAAGGGUGUGAAAGGGUAGCCGGGAUAUCUUGCUGGGAUUUUAGUUUGAAUUUUAAAAACUCCAGUAUUGUGUAUGCGUGGGUUCUGUAUGUAUGCAAGAAUAACAAAACAAUGUUUUUGAGUGUUGUGAAUGAUUUGUUUAAGAAUUUUGUUGGAUGUAAAUAAAGACAGAUUGGGACAGAUCCUGUGGAUUCAAAA